UCCCUUCUGCCCUCCCUCGUCUCGUCUUCUGCCUAGCAGCAGCUAGCAAGUUCGCUUCACGCUUCCCCAUCGCUAGCUUCGUCGUUCAACUCGAAACACCCGCAGCCGCUGGUCAUUUUACGAGGCUUUAAGCUGCAAACUGCGCGAUCGAAAGCUCUCGGCUAAACUCGGGAACUUUUGCAACCAAAGCGCGCGCCUCACAUCAGCCAGUGAUCGUGACGUAGUUAUUGACAAAUCUUUAUUUCGCUUUGCGCUGCAUUUGAUGUCACCCGAGCUCUAGUCGCGGGCCGUCUGCACAGGUUCUCCUGCUGCAAGAGGACUCUUAGAAGUGCGUGAGGACAAGUCACAGUGCGAUGAAAGGAAUGCAGGGAAAGCAGGAGGGAUGAGAAAGCGAUUCAAGUAAAAGAAGACUCGCAUCACCAUAAAGUGCCUCAUCUGGAUGCUGCGGAAGCCCUCCUCUGUGUCUGCACUCCCAUCCUGGCUGGUGUCUGCUUCGGAACGCUCUUUUCCCCGCUGACUUGAGCGGUGUGCGCUUGGCCUUGGCAUGGGCUAUAUUUCACCCUGACAGUCAAUCAAGCCAUUUGCCUGUUCCUUGAUUUCCAACUUUGCCUACUCGCCAUUUCACCUUAUAAUACAAGGACACCAGUCGAUUAGUUUCCCUUUUGGGUUCUCAAAGUGUUUCUCCCUUCACUUCUGCAGUCUCUCCAUCCCUUGUGACCCAGACAUGCGAGCAUCUUUAGGGACUGCUGCGGCUAUGGCAACAGGGCAAGGGGUUUCGGAAGCCUAAAUUUAGAGAUUUUAAAUCAAUGCAAGGAAGCUUUUUUAAACCCCGCGCUCCCGAGGGUGAGUCUAGACAGUGGGACGACCGCUGCAGACAAAUAGGUAGUGGCGCUCUACUCUACUUUUAAUGCCUCGUUUUCCUGGAAGACAGCCGAAGAUGCACCGCAGCAUGUCACAGUGACCUACCCCACCUCAGCACCCUCAGUUCGUUGUUCUCCCUACCUGACUUUCAAAUAAUCUCAUAUUCUCGUCAUACUCACCCUUUGGUUAAUCACUAGACUAUGCCCCCUACCUGUCAAUAAGAGAGUUUGUUUUUCGUCUCUAGACUGGUAGUCUGAGGAUCUCCUCGCCACUGUGCUAAUUUUUUUGCAGCCUUUGUGCUUUAUCACGCCUGGCUGCCCCACCCAAGCCCUCCGCUCACCCGCCACUCGCCGAGGGACCGCUAUGGCCGUCAAUGUGACCAUGGGCCGCGACACCAAGUGGCUGACGCUGGAGGUGUGCCGAGAGUUCCAGCGAGGAACCUGCUCACGCUCGGACGCCGAAUGCAAGUUUGCUCACCCCUCUCGCACAUGCCACGUGGAGAACGGCCGCGUCAUCGCCUGUUUCGACUCACUCAAGGGACGCUGCACACGUGAUAACUGUAAGUACCUGCAUCCUCCGCCUCAUCUCAAGACCCAGCUGGAGAUAAACGGCAGGAACAACCUGAUCCAGCAGAAGACCGCAGCCGCCAUGCUGGCCCAGCAGAUGCAGUUCAUGUUGCCUGGAGCUCAGCUGCAGCCUAUCACCUCUUUCCCAGUUACGCCUUCAUUGGCCAACAGUCCGAGCAUGGCUUUCAGCCCGUACCUAAGCCACAUGAGCCCGGGCAUCAGCCUCAUGCCCGAGCUUCUGCCCAGCGCCCCCGUGCUGGUCCCGGGGAGCCCCACCGGCAUGGCCAUGGGCAACGGAAAUUCAACGCAGAAACAUGUUCGCACAGACAAACUUGAGGUGUGUCGAGAAUUCCAGCGGGGAAACUGCACGCGUGGGGAGAACGACUGCCGCUACGCCCACCCAAUGGAAGCCGCCAUGGUGGACGGCAGUGAGAACUCGGUCAUUGUUUGCAUGGAUUACAUCAAGGGCCGCUGCACCCGUGACAAAUGCAAGUACUUUCACCCUCCGGCUCACUUACAGGCCCGGAUAAAGGCGGCGCAGCACCAAGCCAGCCAGAAUGCUGCUGCCAUGGCUCUGCCACCAGGAGCCAUGCAACAGCUACCAAAGAGACCGGCCCUGGAGAAGACUAACGGCGCGGCUGCCGUCUUCAACCCCAGCAUGUUCCACUACCAGCAGGCUUUGGCCAGCAUGCAGCUGCAGCAGCCAGCGUUCAUUCCCACAGACGCUGCCGAGGUACUGAGCACAGACCCCAUGGACCUCCAGUGUGUUCCCAUGGAGGCCCAUUUCUGCCCCGUUCCUAAACUCCUGGUGGCCGCACCUAUGACGCUGAAUCCAGUAAGCCUCUCCCGCAAUCCCACAACCUAAUCAGACCCAUCACUCAUGCAACGUGUGCCCAAACACAACAGAAAAAUGAAUGCAACAAACGUGUGCCUAAUCAGUAAAGUCCUUAACGGGCAAUACAUUAAUUCUCAUAUCAGAGAUGCCCACUUCAUUUGACGUCAACAGAGGUUUGUUGAUAUUGAAACAGGCAAUACUUAAAUUUGGACCUACAACUGUAUAAGGAAGCAUGCCAUCUCAAAACAAGGAGACUUAAGGAGCGUGCGGAUGCUGAAUCAGGAGACGGAACGCUCUCCUAACUCACAGCCAUACGAAUACAUGCAAACCAAUUAGCUGAGAAAAUGAAUUCUCCGAAGGUGAACAUUAGAUUUGAGAGCCGAUGUGUGGUAGGAGAUGGAGCCGACACAGAUCAUCAUCAGCAGACAGAAUGUUUCUCCGUCGUUGAAUGUGACAACAGAGUGUGUGAGAGCGACACCUGCUAAUGAUAUUUUACAUAGUUGUGGUGGUGGUAUUUUCUUUCACAUUUAAUUAUAAUUAAUGAACGUGGCACGUUUUAUUUCAUGUUUACAUUUUAAAAUGUAGAGAAAAAAAGAUUAUUUGAAACCAAUUGAUUCUUUUGUAAGAUAAUCUGUUCAUGAUACUGAUUUAGGUUUUUCGUUGAGAGGUUUUCAAAAUGUUGUUGUUCGUGCCUUUGAGUUACAAGUGUGUGGAUGUCUUUCUUUCCCCAAUUCUUCUGUACUACAACUGACUUACAUUUUAUCAUAGACUAAGAAAGUAUACCUGUGUAGCCUUUCAGAAUCAAUGUGUCGUUCUUCUGUCAACUUAGAGAUGUGUGUUGUUCUGAGUGACUUGGUUUUUCAUGGUCUCAUGAAACAGUAUUAUUUAUUUAACCACUGUCUAACAGGCUAAAACUGGUCUACUGAGAUAAGUGUUAAUAUUCAUGCCUGAAGUAUCUCACCUCGCAUUUCAAGCUCAACAUCGAAACGGUCAAACACAAGAUUGGUUGACAUGCUAGUACCUCCGUUUUAAAAAUAGAACUGCCUUAAGCAGACUCACUAACUAUGAGCACUUUUGCUUUCACAGUGUGCUGCACACUGAAUUUAAGGUCUGAUUGCAGGCCUUCUGGAUGUAUAAGAUGUCUCAUUGAGAAGAUUUUAACUGAACAUUUUUUUUUUUAAUUCCAGCUGGACUUUGUUCAAUGUUUCUUGCAAAACUAUCGGCUGAUGUGUCCUGGAUAUUCAAAUACUGUAAAAAUAGUCAUAUUUAUUUGCUUUUUAGAUUAUAAAUUCAUAUCACUUUUUCUACGGUUAUUAGGUGAAUCUUAUGAAAACGUGUCCAUGUCACCCAAAAAGCAGAGGAAAUAAGACAAUUGAAUGACAAAAAAACGACAUUUAAGCACAUUACCUCUAUCGCCAUUACCAUAGUACAAAAAAAAAAAAUAAUAAUCACUGUAAAAUGCAAUAAAUAACUAUAUAUAUAUAUAUAUAUAUAUAUAUAUAUAUAUACUGUAUUUAUACAUCACAGUUGUAUUUGUUUAAUCCUAAUUUUAACAAAAAUAUAAUAAAAAUAAUUAAAUCACAACAAAAUAUUUUUUGUUUAACAGUAAAAAUCAAUGAUUGCUAAAUUAAUCUAAAUUAAGGGAAUUUGGUUUAAUUGUCGUAAGAACGACGUUGCAAAGCAAAAGUAUCCUAAAAUGAGGCUUCACCUUUAUGCAAAACUGUUCUGAUUUUGGUGUGAAAUUUGACAUAUUUUCAAGAGCUUCAUCCUAUUACCAUGUCUAUCUUUUGAAGACAACCCCCUUCUGAUGGCUGGACUGUCUCUGCCAAAAUGUAUGCUCUGUCCCACCUGCUGUGUGACAGUCUGUUCGUCUCCACUUCUUGUUCAGCCAUGUUUGGUGCAUCCCAGAGUACUAUAAGAUCUGUGUUCAAUAGUCGUUAGUUGCCAAAAUAAAUCUCACAUAAUCCGUUCAAACUGCAUGUUUAGCUGUUUACACCCUCAUUUCAAAUCACAUUUGCAAAAGCAUUUCUAGAAGUUACAGACUGGUGCCUGAUUUGAGAAUUCUGCGUCUCUCCCAUUGGUUUGCUGUAUUCAGCACCAUGUGCGCCCCCCUGCACAGACAUGUCAAGUGCACUGCUUUUGUGCCAAUGACUCUCAGACAGGUCACCCUGUGCCAAUCACCGGAGAACUCAGACUGCGCAAUCAGGUCGCGAGCCAGAUGGAUUUAAAUUGCAAUAUCGCAAAUGUACCCACCCGAGCAACAAAUGUAAACCCACUUGAGCAAGCUAUUAUCUUGUGCUUUGUUUUGAAACGUCUCAGUUAUUGCUACCGUUCAUUAGGUUGAGUCGAAACUGACAGUAGGGUGGUUUUCAGCAUCUGUUUUUAUUACUGCAUCAGUGGACGCCGUACUAAUAGACUUCCAGUCCUUGCCAACCAAGAGCUCUAUUAGAUUAUUGCUGUAAUAUAUUAUUGAUAGUUUGUCCAUGGAUGGAACGUGAAAACUGUGUCAGACAGACGAUACAAGGAGGCCUGCAAUCCAUUAGGGUCGUACUGGAGUUUCUUUGCCCGUUUUGACUUCGAGAGAGACAGCUGGUUGAAUUUUGACUAUUUAAGACUAUUUGUGUUUGUGUUUGUUGUGUUCAUGUUUAGAGUGUGAACAGGUUUCAAUCACUGACUGUGUCCUUACUUUCGAAAGUCGGCAGACUCUAAAAUGCAAGGGCGUAGACGACCGUGCGACAUCAGAAUAUUAUUCUUGUUUGGACUGUGAGCUGAAAGCUGCGGCUCUCGGGUAGACAUGUUACCAUAAAAGGAAAAAAAAGAAAAUUAAUUAUUUUCAGACUGGGUACUUAGUAAAGGCCCUCAUCAGCCAAAGCUUCAUUGACAAGACAUUACUGCCCCUCACGGGCCUUUACAUGCAUAAAUGAAUGUGACAUUUAAGACAGAGAGAAUGUCACGAGAGGUUUUGGAUGCCUGUAUCACCAUUUCUCUCGAACGAAACUACAACCUUUCUCAACAUAUCAAGGAAGUGAAAGCCUCCCAAUGCCAUCCACUGUUGAUGUACAAAAAGACAGAAAAGAAAAAAAAGUGUUUAUCAUCACUUAUCUCAAAGACCCUUCUCUAUACUGUUGUCUCCUUUGGGUCAGCCAUGUUGUUUCAACAGCAUAACCCCAAGAGAGAGCCAUAAAGCGUUUUUUUUUUUCUUUUUGUGAUAACCAGACCUUAAAAACCAUCAUUGCACUUUUUUUUGCUGAUCAGCACACACUAUCUAGGCCAAACACAAAUGAAAUGACAGCAUAGGUGGUGUAAAACAACACAAAAUUAGAGCAAGAUGAUACUAUACUGUGUUAUAACUAAAAUAUCUGUAUUGUAAACAUCUCUGUAUAAUGUUCAUGUGUUUUAAGAUUGUUUUAAGAAAUACUGGGGCAAAUGCGUGUAGAUUUCUUGAGGAAGGAUCUCUACUGUUUAUUGAUGUGUUGGAUUGUGUUUUGUAAUUGAGUUCCAUUGCCCAGCCAAGGUGUAGAUGCUCUCUCUCUCUCUCUCUCUCUCUCUCUCUCUCUCUCUCUCUCUCUCUCUCUCUCUCUCUCUCUUAUAUAAAGAAUUAUGCCUUCUCCAACUGCAAUCCAGCUGGAAUCAACGAAAUACUUGAUAAAGAAAAAACAAUGUGCCUCAUCAGGGGCUUUAGGAUUUUAAGAUCUCACUUUUUAAGAAGUGUGCAUACCUGCAUAAAGUAGUUAGCUAGAAUAAUCUAUGUGUAUUACAAAUGCAUCAUCAUCGUCGUCAUCAUUCUAGUUUUUAUCGACACACAUUAAUGACGGUACCUGUUUUAACUAUAUCCUCACGACUUCAGUCAUGUUACGGUGUGUUUUGACAACGCUGUCAAUGGUAGUUUGCGUUUGAUCAUUAGCGUUACUUGGUUCCUUACCUAACAUCGUAAAGUCUGUCAUCGCAUGAAAUUAAAGUAAUCUAAAUAAUCUACAUCAUAGUUUGUGCAGUUAGUGGUUUAAGAUUAAAAAAUACUUAAUCUAUAUAUCUAUAUAUCAAUAUACACAUUUGUAUGUAUUACAAUGAUAAAUUCAUUGUUACCUAUAAUGAUAGUAAGUUCAUGUUGCUGUGGCAACAAAACUACAACAUGGCUACCUUUGUAUAUCUUAAUUGUGAAUUUUUUCACACUUAAAGUGAAAUAAUGUACAACGUUAACUUAUUCAGAAAGGGAAUGUGUUCUUAAGUGGUCUUGGAAAAAGAUAUGAUUGACUAUAUUGUUAUAUAUAUAUAUAUAUAUAUAUAUAUAUAUAUGUAUAUAUAUAAUACGUAUAUAUACAGACUUGUGAGAUACUUUAUGUCCAGAGGCCCUUUGGAGACAUCAUAUGUUAUUUCUGUUUUAAUGAUUAUUGUUUUUCUAUUGGGGUUGCUGAUCACUUUUAGAAAAGAACCAGAUCUUUACUUAAACAACAUCUGAGCUUUUGAACCAAUCUGAUGGAUCAAUUUGGGGGGAAAGACUUGCUAGUCUCAUAUUUGGUUCGAAAAGGGCUGGCAAUGCAUUCGCAAUGGUGCGUUCCGGUUUUUAUAAAUAAUGCAGCCCUGUGAUGUCAUAAACAUGAGCCCCUGAUUUCUGUGUCUGUCCCCCUCUGGCCCGCCCAGACUGCACCCCAGCUGUGCUGGGACCUGGUGACCCCAUCGGUCACCCCAUCGGUGUACGAAUGUGUGUUAUUCACCUUGUUUGCACUUAUGUACAUAAAUGAGUCAAAAUAUUCAGAAUUUAUUUUGAAUAUACAUAGAUGAAUAAAUAUAUAUAUAUAUAUAUAUAUGUGUCGAAGAGCAGAUUCAAAUCAAAUGUCUGUAUUGUUUGGAAUACAUGUAAAAUGUUAAAGAGAUAGAUGCUGUUUUGCCGGGGUGUUGAGGAGAAAUUUGUUGUUUGUUCUGUUUGCUAAUGCCCUCGUUCUCACCGUUAAGCAUGAUAGUGCAUUUUGCGGAAAUAAUGAUGUCAUAAAAGGCUUUGUAGUUUCGCAUAGCUUACAAAAGCGCGUCAAGUUGAGCACCGCGUCCGCUUACGUCUGAUCCCGAUGUGCGGUUGUGUCCGGAAACCAAAGAACGGCCAACUUGAUUCUCUUUUACCUCUACAUCGUGUGAGUUUCAGGCUCACAGUUUUGUUUUCUGUGUAGUCCCAUGAGAUGCAGUGAUACGGGGGGGUGUAGUAAAAGGAAGUUUAGCACAGAAAGAGCACCUCAGGAUCAGACCGCAGCUGGAAAGCAUUGCCGCAAGUUCUACAAAAUGCAGAAUUUCAGUUUUCCGCGUUGGUUUGGUUGUAUUGACGGACGUUUUCCAUUCUUGUGCAUUCACCAAGAACAACAAACAAACCUGAAAAUCUCACAGGAUAUCCUUCAAAAUCCCACGUUAAAUCGCCAGAUAAUACCCUCUGUUGAAGAAAACUUGUACAUUCUGUGCUCUACAGUUGCUUUGGAAGCCAAUAAUUUUGUUGCCAUGGCACUUGCCCUAAUAGUGAGGGAGAGACCGAGUCUUUUGUAGGUUCUUGCAUAUAGACGCACCUUUGGACCAAUUGAAUAUGGUCCUCAGCCUUUUGACUGUAAAGCUGAGGUAGCACUUAGGACUUGGCAUAGACUAUGGGUCCCGACUUGCAUCCAGAAGCUGAAUGCGAACACACGGGACGCUCCUUUUACCACUGUGCUUGACAGAGAAAAUCAACAAAAGCUCUUCUGCUGUCCAUUAUCCUGUGCCUAAACAUUCAGUGUGAUGUGAAAGGACUGGUCUGUAAAGAAAGCCAUUGAGGUUAGACUUCCACCUAACUGUGCCCUACAUUCAGUCACGUCAUUGUCAUACCUGUGACUGGAACACUAACGUCAUUGGUUCGUGUUUACGUGUAGAAGACAUCACUGAGACCGGAGCAUCACAUUAAUGUUGUACAAAGCUGUAUAGUUUCAAGCGGCGAUGCAGAGGUUAUGUCCCUUUAAAGGCGUCUGCUGAUGCCUGUGUAAAUGCUAUUGUGUGUGUGGAACCGUUCAAAGAAUGUCUACAUUGUUUCAAAGCCAUAAGAAAUAGAUUCCUCUCUCUCCCACUGUAGGACAAGAUAAAACUGAAUGCUUUGACUCUUUAUAUGAAAUGCUUCUCUUUCUAUUUAGCUUCUUGUGCUUGUAUGUGCUUCAAGAACUGUGCUUCUUGUCAAUCCCUUUGCAAUAUAUAUAAAUGUAUGGAAUAUAUACAUACUUAAGACUUCUGUUCUUUUUGUUUGACAUUUUAAUAAAGCACUUAAAAGGCAA